AUGGGCGAACCGGUGAGAUGGCCAGACGCAGAAAUUAAACGGCGUGAAGAUUACAUGAGGUUCGGAAGCCAAGAGUUUGAUAUUAAGGACCCAUAUACGUGGAGUUUACCAGCCAAAGGAGCCGGUUUUGCUUUCGCGGUCGGAUCUUUUGCAAUCCAUUACUUGAAUUUGUAUCAAAACAAAAGGUGGUAUCAUGGUAAGCAAUAAGCAAUGAUUAUUACUCUACAAUUUAGCUCUGUACCCACGGAUGGGUGUCCUGGCUGUUGGAGUUGCCAUGGGCUAUGGAGUUGGUCUUUUGAGACAAAAGUAUAACAUAAAUAGAGAUGCUUAUGUGACUCACUACACCAGGCUUCAUCCUGAAGACUUUGAAAGACUCAACGACAGUAUGUGUUUGAUAUGUUUGGCAAUUGAUCUUAUUGUAUAUCUUAUUAGUCAGACUGAUAAUUAUUUUUCUUCUUCUAGCAUAUGGACGACCACUUUCCGCUGUUCUGAUGCCCUGGUACCCCAAACGGUCAUUGUAUCAGAAGUUUGAGAAGCCAGAAGAAGCCUAG